AUUUGCCACCCCGCAAACCGUUUUUCGGGACCUCGAUCAUCAGGCUCAUUCUUCUCUGAUAACCAUCUUUGAUAUAACACCACAAUUUCUUGUGCUUCUUUCAGCAUUAGGACACAAGGUUGACAUGUUCCUCAAGCAACUGCUCGUCAUAACGUUUGCCAUCACUGGGCCGACUUUUGCGAUACCCAUGGAGCAAGAGUUAGCCGGAAGAGCUGCAAGCCAAGAAGCCAAUGCAGGACGCUUUCCAGCAAAUACAAAUGAAUUGAUGCAUCCACGAGGGGCCCCAAAUGAGGCAUUGAGCAACGAGGUACACGUUCAUGUUGAACAACCCGCCGGUGGUACUACAGAAAAUCCAGGCAGAUCGAGCAAUCAUCCUGAAUCACAAAACCCGUUCCAUUCACAAACCUUUGAUGCUAAUACCAGGGUCGGGACUGUUUCAACACAAGCAUAUCCAAUCUAUCAACCCACUGGCCAAGUUCAGCAUGAAAAUCGGAGACAAGUUGGCCGUUUUUUCUUCGCAGCUGCAUUCCCUGCUGCCAUAUGUCUUCUGUUUAUGGGUGGACGUCCCGUACCUUCUAAUGUACCUGAUAAUGCAUGGGCUUUUGUUGGAGCAUUUUUUGUGUACUUAUUUGCUGUUAUAUCAUCCUUGGGUGCUGCAAACAUAAGAUAAGAGAUCAUAAACUUGGUGAAAAAAACAUUAGGAAUUGUCUACAAAGUUGUCAAACAGGGUCUCUCUGCUCAUUCUCUCCUUGCUCCUUAUAUCCAACUCUUCUACCUUUCCUAAUAAAUUAAGAUUGAUAUGCAAAUGAAUUUGCA